AAGCAUCGUUUGCAGCAAGAAUAGUCAUUCUUUAUGGAUUCAUAUUUUUCUAUUCCAAAGACUAAACUGGUGCUAUAGUGGCUAUCAGUAAAGGGGUUUCUUUACCCUCCUUUCAUUUUAUUAUUCACUCAUCAGACUUCAGCUCAGUUGGAUAAAAGAGAGAGGUUCUGUUGCCUAGAUGUGAUGCCUUUAAUGAGGAUGGGAGCCCCCAGGGAGUCCAAAUCCAAAGUAGAACGGUCCUGCUUUCGGGUUUCUUGCCAUUUCUUCGGUUGCUUCUCUCUUUUCCAUUGGGUCUAGGGAGCGGGAGCUAUCCAAGGUGCUAGGAUGCCGGCACCUUUGCCGCUCAGUGCAGACGGAUUGCAGGAGGAGAAGAGAGAGAUUACUGCUUAUUUCAGAAAGAAUAUAAUCAAAUGAGGUACCUUAGCCAGCCUGGUGAUUGCUUCGGGUCUUGUAAUCAGCUGUGUGGCAAAGUGGGUAAAAUCAUCCAAUUUCUUCCCUGCUGGACCUGGAAGGAGAGGGGCUGUGUGUUCAUCCCCACCCAUUAGCUGUGCCCUCUUUUCUCUGAAUGUCAAUUUAAGGAAGCGAGCACCUGUCUUCCACCCGUGCAUCUUCCUAGCAAACUUUAAAGGCCAUUUUAUCCGAUAGGAAGAACAUCCAGAAUCCUCUGAUUACUAGUGAUGCAGAACCUGGGAUUCAACACUUUCCCUGUCCUCAUACAAUGCACUUUAAUUGAAGAAAAACUGAGCUGAACUACAAGUCUGUUUCUUAUGGUGCUGGAUUACUCCUACAGAACUGCCCUGAGACCAGCGUGAGCGAGCAAGGGCUCUGGCAGACACAAGUCACCUUCUGAUUAUUGCACUUAGCUCUCCCUGGGGACUUGCAUUUGGGAAGAGUUCCUUUCACAUGAUUCCCUCCAAGAUGAUGAGUGUGAACCCUGAGGGAGAUCCUUUGGACAACUUUCUACAGUACAUCGAGGAUAUGGGCAUGAAGGCAUACGAUGGCCUGGUUAUUCAGAACGCAUCCGACAUUGCUAGAGAGAACGAUCGUUUGAGAAAUGAAACAAACUUGGCCUAUCUGAAGGAGAAGAAUGAAAAGCGCCGAAGGCAAGAAGAAGCAAUAAAACGCAUAGGUGGAGAAGUAGGACGAGGCCAGGACGCGAGCUACGUGGGCAAGCAUUUCCGCAUGGGAUUCAUGACGAUGCCCGCACCUCAGGACAGGCUUCCCCAUCCCUGCUCCACAGGAUUCACGGUGAGGUCCCAGUCCCUGCACUCCGUCGGGGGCACCGAGGAUGACACCAGCUGCUCCCGGAGACAGCCACCACCCAAGCCCAAGCGUGACCCCAACACCAAGCUGAGCACCUCCUCGGAGACGGUCAACAGUAGCACAGCCAGUAAGGGCGGGAAGCCCCUGGAGAGGACCGAAGUGUCAGCCAAACCGAGACCCCACAGCGAUGAAUAUUCAAAGAAGAUCCCUCCUCCGAAGCCUAAAAGGAACCCCAACACUCAGCUGAGCACGUCUUUCGACGAGACCUAUAUCAAAAAGCAUGGGCCUCGCAGGACGUCGCUCACACGGGACUCCUCCCUCUCCCAGGUCAGCAGCCCUGCGGGGGAGCCCGAGGAGGAGGAGCCUGUGUACAUAGAGAUGGUGGGCAACAUCCUCAGAGAUUUUAGGAAGGAGGACGAAGACCAGAGCGAGGCCGUCUACGAAGAGAUGAAAUACCCCAUCUUCGACGACCUGGGCCAGGAUGCCAAGUGUGAUCUGGACCAUCACAGCUGCUCCUCACAGUGUGCCACGCCCACGGUGCCUGACUUGGACGCGGCCAGGUCUUCAGUGCCAUGCACGCCCAAGGGUCUGCUCUGUGACAUUCCCCCGCCCUUCCCCAACCUGCUUUCUCACAGGCCCCCGCUGCUGGUGUUCCCCCCGGCUCCUGUGCACUGCUCCCCCAAUUCCGACGAGUCUCCACUGACCCCCCUGGAGGUCACCAAGCUCCCCGUGUUGGAAAACGUGUCUUACAUGAAGCCACCGCCAGCCGGAACAUCGCCACCCUCUGGCCACGCCAAGCUGGACAAGGACCAGGCCGGAGCCCUGGGUCCUGCUCCGGCCACUGCUGUGCUGUCCUCGUCCCCACCUCCCCCUUCCACUUUGUACCGAACCCAGUCUCCCCAUGGCUACCCCAAAAGUCACUCCACUUCCCCAUCUCCCGUCAGCAUGGGUCGGUCCCUGACCCCGCUGAGCCUCAAGAGGCCGCCCCCAUAUGACGCCGCGGUGCAUUCUGGCAGCCUCUCCCGGAGCUCGUCCUCAGUGCCUCCUGCCACCCCCAGGCCCUUGUCGCAGGACGGGACCAAGAUGGUCCAUGCCGCGGUGAACACCUAUGGCUCAGUGCCCGGUGGUUCUCGAUCCCGAACACCCACAAGUCCCUUGGAAGAGCUGACCAGCCUCUUUACCUCAGGACGCAGCCUGCUGCUGAGGAAGUCGUCCAGCGGCCGGCGCUCCAAAGAGCCAGCAGAGAAGUCCACAGAGGAGCUGAAAGUCCGAAGCCACAGCACAGAGCCAUUACCAAAGUCGGACAGCAAAGAGAGAGGGCACCACGGGGCGGCUUCCUGCAGAGAGCCUGUCAAAGCUCAGGAAUGGGACGGAACCCCAGGCCCGCCAGUGGUCACCAGUCGAAUGGGAAGAUGCUCUGUGAGCCCCACCUUGUUGGCAGGAAACCACAGCUCAGAACCUAAAGUAAGCUGCAAGUUAGGCCGGUCUGCGUCUACAUCAGGUGUGCCUCCUGCCUCAGUUACUCCUCUCAGGCAAGCCAGUGACCUGCAGCAGAGCCAGGUGGCAUGCAUGCAGUGGUUUCAUGGAGACCAUACAAUGCUUGAGAUGAUUGAGAAAAAGCGUUGCUUAUGCAAGGAAAUAAAGGCUAGACAGAAAACGGAAAAGGGCCUUUGCAAACAGGAUAGCAUGCCUAUUCUACCCAGCUGGAAGAAGAACGCAGGUUCAAAGAAGUGCAGCCCUCCGCCCUACUCUAAGCAGCAGACAGUGUUCUGGGAUACGGCCAUAUGAGUGUGUGCAGGACCCGGACUCCACGCCGCUUAAUAUGAAGAGGGAGGCCGACUCAGUCCCUUGAUAUUUAAUGGUUGCGUAUCUUCUCUGUGGGCGUGCAGUGCUACAGGGAGCUGUGCCUACUUACAGCAUGUUCGAUAUGAAAUGUAUAUGUCCUUGAAAUCAAGGCACACUUAAUUUAUCCCAGAUUAUUUUGAAUCCUGAAGAUAUUAAAGUGUAAAUAUUUUACUAGUUUAUGGGUGACACCUGAAUCAAUACACACUAUACGUAUAUAAAGUACAGAAAUAUCAAGUUUACUAUAUGAUAUAAUUUUGGUAUUAACUGGUUUGUUAUCUCUUUUAUAUGUAAUUCCUUGAUGCCUUUUAUUAUUAAUUUUUUCUUUAAAAACCCUUUUCUUUUUCCUCCUCCCUACGUAUGGCUUCUGUAGAAGAGCUCACAGCUAUAAAUCAUAUUCAACCACAUAAUACAUGAUCUGGUGCUAGUAAUGUAAAAGUUGAAUGUCACAUUCAUUAAGAACACCGCUGCUUUUUAUGUUUUUAAGGUUCUGACAGAAAAAUCAAUGCAAAAAUGAUGUUAAUUUGGAUGUCCAGGUUACAUCGACACCAACAUUUUUACUACAUUGGUUUCAUAAAAUUUCCUCUCCAAUACCUUCUUGAUUAUAUCAAGCAGUGGUUAGUCAGACUGUAGAGAAAGUUGCUAGGACAUUUCCUUCAGAAAUGACUUAGGGACACGUGUCCUUGCAUCAUGGAUCUGACGGGAGGAGACCAGGGUUCACUGUGACAAUGGAAGGAGUAAGGAAUCAGAAAUUCAAGAGCGAGAUUGCAUUCGAGAGGGUGGGGCCAGUGGCUCUGUGGUCACCGCAAACACAGUUUCCAAGUCACAUUUCACAUACGUGAUUGUUUCCCUUACAAAAAGAAAUAAAAUUUAACUAGACCAGCUUACCUAGUUUAGCACCCGAAAUGCCAGACUUUUUCAAAAUUUAAAUCCAUGAAUGGAAAAGUAUUUCUUGUUAUUUCAUUCAAACUCAUUAUUACAUUUCGGGUCAUAAUCUGUGUAUAACCCUCAUAACAGUUCUUACCAAUCAUGACUUCAUGACCAAAGAAUUAUGAUUACUUCUUUAUUUUAUAUUUUUUCAAGGAAGAAACAGGAAAUACAGGGGAUAGAGGAUAAGGCGGAUUCAAUUUUAUGUGGUGAUGAAAUUUAAGUUUAAAAUAAUUCCAUAUAUCUUUUAAAAGUAAUUUGUUAGUUGAAUAUAAAUAUUGCCACAGAUAAAUAAAAAGGAAACUAUCACAUAUAUUUUAUAUAUUUAAAUUACUAUUUAUGCUUCCUAAAAUUGACAGUAUGUGAUUCUUCACUAACAAUCAGUUUAGUAUUAUAUUUCUGAGAGACAAAAAGUGUGUGUCUGGAGUUAUUGUUACAGUAGCUUUCCUUGUAAGGGUAUUGACAGCUAUCGUGGUGUGCUGCUCAAUAAAACCAAAUAUGACAGGAAUUAGGGAAUUUUUGUAAUCUAUAUUGAUAAAAAAAACUAGCAGUGCUUUACCAGUAAUAGUUCCUUUCAAGAGCCUUUGAAAUGUUAAAACAUAAUUUUGUAAUGUUUUAUAAUCAAUGUAUAUUUUGAUGUCCAACUAGAUUCUGAAAGAAUAAGGAAAAAGGUAAGUGGGAGCCUGUGUGUGUUUGUGUGUGUGUGUGUGUGUGUGUGUGUGAAUGAGUAGUAAGUGGGAGAACUGUAUACAUGAAAACCUUACAGAAGUUUUAGGUUUUGCUGGCAUUAAUGAGGUGGUGAAAAGAGCAGAAUCACAAAUAUAAGAAAUCUCAGAGGGAUCUUAAGUAAUUUAAAUGUAUCCUGCCACUACAUUUAACCAACUAGAAUUUAUAUUUCAAAUUCAACAACCAAUGCAGCACAAAUCUAAGUGAUGAAAAAUGUGUAAAAUUAAAAGCAUAAGUAAAAUGCAUUAUGACCCAAAUUGCUAUUUUGAUUUAAAUUAUUGUGACUGUGUAUACUCACGACAAUCAAUCAAACACAAGAUACCAAUUCUCAGCAUCCUUAUGAUCUUGGCACAUAUAUAGUCAAGCUCAAGGUGGAAAUGCUUAUCCAUUGUUUGAAUUUACUCUAAGGCACCAUCUUUCUGCAGGGAGACCCAGGUGUAUUUCUUAGAUGCGGGUCUUGCCCAUAGCUCUCUGAACUAGGCAGAGUGUGUUUUUUAACACUCACCACUUUGUCCAGAAGGAAACAGGUACUACAAUGAUGUGUGACAGGUUCAAUCAUUCUCAUUUGUUCUGUCAAACUCAUAAUGUUCUCAGAUUUCACAUAUCCCUUGUUCAAAUACAUUAUUUUCUGAGGACGUAACGUUUGAAAUUCUGACCUUAGGCAAACAUUUCAAUGCACUUCUCCAAAUCUGCCCCAACAUAGAAAGAGACUGAAAUAUCUGGAAAAGUGGUUCACUGAGAUUUGACUCAAAAGCACUGAUUUUGUGCCUAUACAAUGUUUAAUUGUCCACUGUGGCAAAAGCCAUUCUAUAAUCAUUGUCCUCUUUGUAUAGUGUUUUUCUAUGUAGAGGAAAAGAGAUGAUUACUCUAGAGAGAAAGAUAAGCUGAUUCUCUGGUAGUGAUAAGUUGGGACACUUCUGUGUAUGAAUUUGGUCAGAGGAUAACCUCAAUCAGUAUACUGUGCCAUGAUAAAGCUCUUAUUUCCAGCAGUGCCAAAGAACAAAUUAUAACAUGGCAUGGUUAUUGGUUUAAAGAGCUCAUGCUUAUGAAAAAUUGUCUUUUCACAGCAGAUUUUAUAGAAACAAAAUUUUACUGGCUGUCAGCAAGAGACUUUUAUAUGUGAGAUACUUUUUCUGAAGAGAAAAAACAAAUUUCUUUACCAAUGAUGGAGAAAAAAAAUGAAAUACUGCAUUUUUCGUCAUAGAAGCCAGCAUCACCUGAAUUAUGACAGUAGUCCUUUUUUCUAAACUCUGGCAACCUUUCCCUGUGUUUCUGUUACUGAAACAAAUCUGGAGUGAAAAGAAGGUUAAUUUCCACUCAUUUUAACUAAUUGGGAAAGUACAACAAAACAUUGUGAAUUUAAAAUGUGUAUAGUAGAUUUAAAGAAUAGAUACCUUCAAACACACAACAAUUGUCUGGAUAUAAGUGGAUACAACUUCACUUAUCAGAAGUGACAUCGCUUCAAAAUGAUGAACAAGUUUCUUUGCAUCUAGAAAAUAAAAACAUUUUUUCUUACCAUGGCUUGGGCAUCAGUGUAGGUCUUGUCUAUGUACGGAAUUUGGUUUGAUUCUUUGAGCAAAUUCAGUGACUAAAUCAGUAACACUAAACAACCUUAUAUGGUUGGUUUUCUCACUGACCAAAUAAGACAUCAAGACAAGACAGACAUCCAUGCAGUUUUCCAAUUACCUACAUGUUAAUCAAGCCCGUUUUUAAAAGUAGAGCUUGUAAGAUAACUAUACUUUCUACCAGGGACUUAGCUCAGUGGUUCUGCCACCUGCCUUGUAAGUGCAAGGACCCAAGUUCGAUUCCUGGUACCAAAAAACAACAACAUCUACAAAAACAAAAAAUGAAAUUACACUUUCAUGUGAAAUUAAGAAGAGAUUUUCAUGAUUUAAUCAGUGAUUCUGAGAAGAGAGUUAAUUCACAUGUGCAAAGGAAUACAUAUAUACAAUAAACCUGUAAUUCAUAACUCUUCAUGUCCUAAACUUAAAUGAAAAUAAAAGAAAAAAGGUACAUAUAGUGUUUAAAUUUAUCUUACUAGAUUUCCCUGUAAGGAAGAAUAGAUGGCUAAUUGAAAAAGGUGGACAUUUUGUUAUUAACCAAUUAUUUUUUUGUGAGUUUGUUAUUGAACAACUCAUGUAUCGUUGAAUUAAAAUAAAAUUUUGAAGCACUUCGAAUUAAACAUUGGAAAAUUUGUGGUCCUCGUAUUUAAGGAGCUUGCUUAUGCAAUCAUUAGUAUUUUCAAAAUAAAGCCAAUUGUUUUUAAGAAGAUAAGCUCAUGUUUGACAGCUCUUAUAGGUUUAUAUAUGGUAUUCUCAUUUUUCUGAUCCAGUGUACAGUCAAAAUAAGAUACUAAACCAUACUGAAUUUAGUGUUGAAGUAUAAACUAUGUUUAUGUGUAAGCCUCUAUAUGUACACACACAUACGUACUGCUACCUGUGUAAAUCAGUAAAAGGGUAACACAUUUUGCUAUGUUAGAUUUCAUCAUUAUGACUUGGGAAUUUAAUGAUUUAAAACCCUUUGAUAUUUGGGUCAAUUAUGUGUAACAAAAUGUUUAUAAUCUGGGAAAAAUGUCCAAAUUCAUUUCCUUUUAAAUAUUAUGAAGUUUAAAAUUAAGGGGAAAACAUUUUUAAAGAAAUCGAUGGGCUCAUUUCAACCAGGCAUGUGUGAAAACCUUUGAAUUACUUAGUUGUUCCCAAAUAUAACUGGGUUUGCCCACCCUGAAAGCAUCUACAUCUACACGUGUAUACACCCACAUACAGAUUACACACUGUAUAUAAUAUAUAUGAAAAUGGUUAGUAUGCACUUCUUUUGUUUGGAGUUCCUUAACAUUUAUAGUGUAGCAAUUUGUGUAAAGUGCACUGUGAUAAUUAAAAAACAAAGCACAGUAAAGUCACAGGUCUUGUUAUCUUGCACUAAAAACGUGUUUACGUAUUUAGCAGUUGUUUGUUUACUUUCUUGCUCUUUUCAAACAGUUGAAACAAAUAGCUAUGAAAAUGAUACAAAAUGCUAUGUUUUUUAGUGGCUAAUGGCACUACAUUUUUUAAAAGACAGGGUUUUUAAAGAAAACCAUUUAACAUCCAUCCCAAUAUAACAUGUUUACCAUAUCUAAACAUAUGAAUGUCAUACUGUAUUUUCAUUGCUCAUUAGAAAUGACAGGUAUGUGCCUGAAAAUUUGUGCAAAUAAGCAUAAGAUAACAGAUUUCUCUACUCUUGUGUUAUUAGCCAUUUCUAUACACAUAAUGAUAUAAACACUGGUGUUUCACUGUCUCUUAAUUUUUGUACUUGAUUUUUUUAGGUAACAUGUAAUUAUAAUGUACUUUGAUACUAAUGAAGUAACCAGAUGUUGUUU